AUGGCUUUGCUGAUAUCUCUUCUUCUUGGCUAUUUCAUGGCUGCCACAGCUAACUUCUACCAAAAUUUUGANGUUUCCAUACCAAUGGCUUCUUCUUCUUUUUCAACUUCAAUGGCUUUGCUGAUAUCUCUUCUUCUUGGCUCUUUCAUGGCUGCCACAGCUAACUUCUACCAAAAUUUUGACAUCACAUGGGGCGACGGCCGUGCUAAGAUACUCAACAACGGCGAGCUUCUUACUCUCUCACUUGACAAAGCCUCUGGCUCAGGCUUUCAAUCCAGGAAUGAGUAUUUGUUCGGAAAAAUCGAUAUGCAGCUCAAGCUUGUCCCCGGAAACUCAGCCGGUACUGUCACCGCCUAUUACAAUGCCGAAUCAGUGGGUGUUGCAUACCCCAAAAACCAAGCAAUGAGGAUAUACUCCAGCUUAUGGAAUGCUGAUGACUGGGCCACACAGGGUGGUCGAGUCAAGACAGACUGGACCAAAGCUCCUUUCACUGCCUCUUACAGAAACUUCAAUGCCAAUGCCUGUGUAUGGUCUUCUGGUUCAUCUUCUUGCAGUUCAAGCUCUUCAUCAUCAUCUUCAACCUCUGGCAAUAAUUCAUGGUUAAAUGAAGAGUUGGAUUCCACAAGCCAAGAAAGGCUUAAAUGGGUUCAGGAGAACUAUAUGGUUUAUAACUAUUGCUCUGAUUUGAAGCGCUUCCCUCAAGGCUUCCCUCCCGAAUGUGCUCUCAACAACUCAACAUAGGAAAGAGAAGGGUUGCUUAACAUAUAUUGUCCUUUGAGCAGAGCUUUUUCCCCAUAGCAAUGCUUGGUUUCUUGUUUGGUUUAUGUAAUUCAAUUCUUUUAUUCUUUUUAUUUUGGUGAUUGUAAUUGAAAAAAAAAAAAAAGAAAUAUAUAAAUCAUUAUUUUUGUAGAAUACUCUAUUAGCAA